AACCACAACGCAAACAACGGCGAUUUUCAUCACGAACCACCACUACUACUUCACGUCGUCCUUUUCAAAUUCCGUGGAGGUUACAUACAGAGGAUCAGUAACCCGAUCUCUGCGCCCUUGCGACUUUCCUUACCGAUACCCCACAUUCGCAACCGCCUGCGUCAGCCAUGUCGACCCUUGAGGAACUCGACGACCUCGAUCGCCGUGAGCGCGAGGACAAGAAGAAGGAUCAGGACAAGGAUAAAAAUAACAAGAAGGAGGGAGAUGGCGAUGCCGAGAUGAAGGAUGCCGAGCCCGAGGCCGAUGACAUCCUAGAUGAGGAGAUUCUGAGUUUGAGCACAGAGGACAUCCUGAUGCGGAAGCGCCUCCUCGAGAACGAUGCCAGAAUCAUGAAGAGCGAAUACCAGCGGUUAUCACAUGAGAGGGCUACCAUGAAGGACAAGAUCAAGGAGAACCAAGAAAAGAUUGCCAACAACCGACAACUUCCGUAUCUCGUAGGAAAUGUCGUUGAACUUUUGGACCUUGACCCGACCGCCGAGUCCUCCGAAGAGGGCGCCAACAUCGACUUGGAUGCCACGCGCGUGGGUAAAUCGGCAGUCAUCAAGACAUCGACCAGACAGACCAUCUUCCUCCCUCUCAUCGGCUUGGUCGACCCCGAGAAGUUGAAGCCCGGCGAUCUCAUCGGUGUCAACAAGGAUUCGUACCUUAUUCUGGAUACGUUGCCCGCCGAGUACGACAGCAGAGUCAAGGCCAUGGAGGUCGACGAGAAACCUCAGGAGAAGUACACAGAUGUCGGUGGUCUCGACAAGCAGAUUGACGAACUUGUCGAGGCUAUUGUGUGGCCUAUGAAGGAAGCCGAACGGUUUAAGAAGAUUGGUAUCAAGGCGCCCAAGGGAGCCUUGAUGUACGGACCUCCCGGAACAGGCAAGACUCUACUCGCCAGAGCUUGCGCCGCUCAGACAGAUGCCACAUUCCUCAAGCUUGCUGGCCCCCAGCUAGUGCAGAUGUUUAUAGGAGACGGUGCCAAGCUCGUAAGGGACUGCUUCGCCCUAGCAAAAGAGAAGGCCCCGUCAAUUAUCUUCAUCGACGAGUUGGAUGCCGUCGGUACCAAGCGUUUCGACAGCGAGAAGUCCGGCGAUCGUGAAGUCCAGCGAACCAUGUUGGAGCUCCUCAACCAGCUCGACGGUUUCGCUUCUGACGACCGUAUCAAGGUUCUCGCCGCGACGAACCGUAUCGACGUCCUCGACCCCGCUUUGCUUCGUUCCGGUCGUCUCGACCGCAAGAUCGAGUUCCCUCUUCCGAACGAGGAGGCACGCGCACAGAUUCUCAAGAUUCAUUCCAGGAAGAUGAAGGUCAACCCUGGCGUUAACUGGGGCGAGUUGGCGCGCAGCACGGAUGAGUUUGGCGGUGCCAUGCUGAAGGCCGUGUGUGUCGAGGCUGGCAUGAUUGCCCUCCGUAUGGGCAAAAACCAGAUUGGACACGAACACUACGUUGACGCUAUUUCUGAGGUGCAGGCCAAGAAGAAGGAAACCGUCAACUUCUACGCUUAAUGUUAUUGCAUUUCCUACCGUACUGAAAGCGACGACCGAACUACGGCAAACAACAAGGUCAUGGACGGUUCAUAGAAAUUUGGCAUGCAAUAGAGCUAGCGUUGGGUGGGGCAUGUCUUGUAUCAUAAUGAAGCGUUUUACUCUGAUGACUUGCCAUGCCAUGCAAAUACUCGAUAACCCAGAGGCUUGAUGACUCUGAUGAACAAUGUUUGCUGGCCUUCUUGUUAACUUACUGUUAUGUUG